AUGGACUGGUCUCCUCCAUCACCGACUUCCUCGACUCCCUCAGAGUCAUCGUCGUCGUCCUCCUCUUCUUCCUCAUCAGCUGUCGACGACACCCCCGCCUCAGCCGCACCAACAGACAACAGCGACAACAACCUCAUCGACAUCUACUACUCCCACUCCCAGGAACAACAUCACCAACAACAGCAGCAAAUAACAUACCAGCACUACCAUCAACACCUGCAACGAGAACAUGUCGACCCACAUAUGACAGAACACAUUGCUGAUUUGUGUAUACAGAAACUGCAGCAUCCUUCUUCUGGACGACAGAAUACGCUCUUGCGGCAAGUUCAGCUUACAUGCAUGCUGCAUAGGAUCAGGAUGCAGGCGUUCUUGCGCCCAGUUAUGGCCGGGUACCAUCACCAUCACCAGCAACAACAACAACAACAACAGCAGCAACAACAGCUCUUGCUCCAGCAACAGCAACAACAGCAGGAGGAGCAGAUGCAACUGCAGCUCCAACAGGAACAGCAGCACCUCCAGGAACAGCAGGCAUUCGAUCAGGAGAUGGCCUCCCACUCGGAAUACGAUCAGCAGCAGCCCUCGUCCGGAUACGACUGGAGCCAAGACUCGUCCUCCGCUUCGGUUCUCUCACUCGACAUGCUGCUCAGCUUGGGAUCUACUUCGACCGCAACUGGACCUAUCCCUAUCCCGUCGCAAUCCCAGUCGUCGAAUGGUAGCGUAACAGGGUCAGCUCUGACAUCUAUACCCGAUCCUACCAUGUCUGACUUUUACUCCUCGCUGCAGCAGCAACAACAGCAACUCCAGCAGCAGCAGCAGCAUUAUCACUCACUCUCGCUCUCCUCUAUCCCCUUGGUUUCCUUUUCAGACGAUUACUCCUCCUCUUCCUCUCCCUCAGCAAACGCGGCUUCAUCCCUCGUCCUGUCGACCCAACAGCCCUCCUCCUCUACCUCGCACCUGCCACAACAGACGUAUUAUGAGCUCCUGAUGGCAGCCAAUCCCAAUGAGCCGCUCUCUCAGCUCCUAUCAACCAGCGCCGCUACUAUGACUUCGACCUGCUUCACAGCCACAGCCAGCUCCUCUAUACCCAUCCCUAUCGCAUCGUCCAUCUCAUCGGCAUUGCCACAGGAUCAUUCUUCCGCCUACACCCCCAUCGACUCUAUCCCUUCAGUGCCCGCAUCCCCACUAUCACCGAUAACACCUAGUUCCAUGGCUGGUGCUGAUGCUCCAACAGCAGAGCAGAUCCUCACCUCUGUCGCCUCUGCCUACUCCAUGGCAGCCUUCCCUCUUGGACCUACUAUGGAUUCACAUCAACAACAGCAACAACAUCACCAGCAGCAACAACAAACGGUUCCUCUCACUACAAAGGAAAUCAUGGAUGCUCUCUCAGGCCAGUUCCCAAUCCAGCCAGUCAUGACAUCGACCGUGAUCGAGGUGACACCGCCGACCGUCGCCUCGGUCAUCCUCAGCGCCACAGCUGCUGCUGCUGCGUCCACUAUUGCGAACACCACUGGCGUAACCAACGACAGCGACAUCUCCGAAUCAACGGAUAAUGCUACUGCAGACACAGUCUCUUCCUUGGACAGCAAUGAUCCGAUUGAUUUGUCCCAUGCCGAGACUGCUACCACGACGGCAGUAGAGUCAGGAACAGUUUCGGAAUGGACUUCUGUCGCCCCUAAUGUUACUGCGGCGCCGUUGUUAGGAGAGCCCUCCGAAUUGAUUCCAGUUGUUAACGUUGACCAGAGACAUGAGCAGGAUGAAUUGUGGGAGAGUGAUGCCGAUGUCCUCAGCCCUCCUUCGCUUGUCUAUGCUCAUGAUACGGACGACGAGGGCAGUAGUCCAACGACUUCUCCCUCGUGCGUCACCAGUCCUCCCGCUCAAGUCGAUCUGGAAAUGAGCGAAAUGACACUUACAUCGCCGCCACUCUCGCCUUCAAGAGGCCCCAGGAUGGUCAAGCGAAGCAAGAGUCUUGCCGCAGGAGGAUUGACGGGCCAGAGUGCUGAUAAUGGCCAGUCGGCAAGUCAACGCCGCAAGUCUCGCAGGAUUAGUCGUCGAUACCAGAAUGUGUCAGAGUCCAGCUCCUUUGGUUCGCGUCUGGAUACGUUGGAGUCUGACCUUGAAGAGCAGUAUGAACCGGACAGCCAACAACAUCAAGGACAGCAACAACAGCAGCAACAGUCCCAGCAGGUGGCUACGAUGCCGCCCAAACGCCGGCGCCCAAGUGAUGAUGAUAUCUCUGAGUCGCCCUGUUCUAGUCCAGAAUCCUCUCCACCCUCACCCAGGACUCCUCCACCCUCCUCGGGGUUACCUCUCAUCACCGCCACCCAUGACGGCGAUUUGACCCAUCACCAGGGUGGCGUUGUUGUGGCGCAUUCUAUCGACCACGAAAUGGACCCAUCCAAGCGAUUCAAGGCCGACGAGGUCCAUACUAGAGUGGAGGGAGAGGAUGCUGGCGUCCUUUCUCCUCUGCUCCUGACCCGGUCUCCCAAACGUCAGUCGUCCCGUCUUCUUCGACGUACCUCCGGCCGUGCCUAG